AUGGCCCGCUACCCAAUCUUCGCCGACUACGGAUCUGAGGGCCCGACUGUCGAUCACAUGCACGAGCGCCUGCACCAGCACAACAGCUUCCUGGAUGUGCUCGCACGCCGCAAGCCCAACCCUAUAGCGCACCCCAACCAGCCCGAUGUCGACUUUAGCGACGUUACGAGUGCCUACCUUAUUGACCUCGAGGUCCCUGGCUUGAAGGACCCAAACGAGCUCGCCAUCCAAUGGCUAAGCUGGCGUCACCUCAUCAUCACUGGCACGACUACGCGUCCCUUACAUUUCAAGGGCGUCUACGGCAGUGAUCCUGCUGCUCCGCUCAGCACGUACCAUGGCGCAAACGGUACCACCAUCAACCGUAAGGGUGCGCAAAACGGUGACGGAGACGGCCAGUCCCUGUACGCCGCCGUCGGCAAGGACAGCAAGUUGAUGCGAGAGGAAGCAGAAGACGGUAGCGACCUGCCGCCUUGGCUCAUCAUUGCCGAGCGCCGCAUCGGCGCCUUUCGCCGCGAAUUCCGCUUCCCAGUCGAUGUGGAUAUGGAGAAGCUCGAUGCCCGACUCGACGCCGGCUUGCUGCACGUCGUGGUGCCGAAAAAGGAGCACUGUUAUCCCAAGAGCAGCGGCAAAGUGAAGAUUGUGGCAGGAGAAUGA